AUGUUGCGGACAGGCGCGUCACGUCUGGCGCUGAGGACAUGCCCGGCGCCAGCUAUUCGCGCAGCUCCGAGUCUCCGCACCAGAAGCCCAGCAGCACAUUGGACCACUCAAUUCAGUUCAGUGGCCUCAAAACGCCCGCAAAUAUCUCAAUUGGCUCAGCUGAAGCCAACACAAGCUGCCGUGCUCCGUCGUGCGUUGUCUGAAGAGCGGAAACAGGCAGAGGCCAAAUACGCUAAAGAAGAGAUUAAGCCUACGCCGGAGACGGUUUCGACGACUUCUAGUAUCCAUCCUUUCACUGGAGAAGUGGGUGGUGAACCCGUACAUCAGGAUGUCGACAUGAGCGCCGGUAUCAAGGCAGACCUUAAUACAAUCAAAGACACAUUCAACCUGUCUGAAGUCCCACGUCAGGCAUACUACAUUGGACUCGCUGGAGUUCUGCCAUACCUCGCAACUUCUCUCUCCACUGUCGCUUGCGCCUAUGAGAUCAACCAUGCUGUAGCCGGCUACGGAUACCUCAUGUCAGCAAACACGGCAACCACCCUUCUCCACCUACUUGAGCCCCUACAAGUUGGGUAUGGUGCUGUUAUACUAUCCUUCCUGGGCGCGAUCCAUUGGGGUUUGGAAUUUGCGGGCUACGGCGGUCGCCAUGGAUAUAGUCGCUACGCCAUAGGAGUCGUGGCGCCAGCAAUCGCAUGGCCAACCGUGUUAAUGCCUGUGGAAUAUGCUCUGAUCACCCAGUUCAUGGCCUUCACAUUGUUAUACUACGUUGAUACGCGCGCGACGUACCGAGGGUGGACUCCGCCAUGGUACGCCAUCUACCGAUUCGUCCUGACGUUCAUCGUGGGUGGAAGUAUCGUACUCAGUCUCAUCGGGCGUGGAGAGGUCUCCGAUGACGUUGGAAGGAUGCCUGGCGCUGUUGACAGGAUGAAGGCACUCGGUGGUACCGACGCGCAAGAAGCAAUGGCCCGGGAAGAGGAAGGCAUCCGCGCUCAGCAAGCGCUGGCUGGGGAGGGGGGCAGCAAGUCCAAGGACGACGAGUCCGAAGACAGUGACUAA